AUGGGGAAAGUGAAGUGGGAUUCCACCGCAGACCAAACUCUCCUUGCCAAGAUCUUGGAGACUCAUGACCUGAGUGUCGAUGCGGCUCGUGUUUCCGAGGCCUGGCCUGCUCAAGAGAACGACCAGAAGCCAACCCCUCGUGCAAUCAAGGAACGACUUUCCCGAAUCAAGGAGAAUGUUCGACUUGGAAACGCCGCUGGAUCCGGACCCUCAAGCCCAGUGACCCCAAAGAAGCGCACCCCUCGCAAGAAGGCAAAUGAGACCACCGCUUCUGCUGGCCCUUCCCGCAAGCGCAAGCGUGUCACCAAGGAUGCCGUGGCCGACGAUGAAGAAGAAGAAGCCAAUGCCAAGGAAGAAGAAGAUCUCCCUUUGGAUGAGAAGGAGCCUCUCGCUGAAUCCGCUAUCAAAAAGGAAAUCGGUCUUGACGUUAUCGAUCCUCUUCUGCACCCGCAAGUCAAGGAUAAAUCUCCUAAUGCCGACCACGGAAAUGAUGACUCUGAAUGGACUGAGUACAAGGAUGAGGACGCUGAUUCGGACGCUGACCAGCUGUCUAAGUAA